AUGGCCGAACCACCGUCGUCCCCUCCCAGCGAGGCUGCCGGUCCCGAGGACGCCCUUGCCUGGUACAAGGCGCAAUACGAGCUCUUGGAGUCUGAGCUGGCCGAGUUCCGAGAGUCCAGUCGGGAAUUGGAGCAGGAACUCGAAAAGGACAUUGAGCGAGCAGAAAAGCAGGAGAGAAUUCUCAAAGAGAAGGCGGACGCGCUCCGAUUUGAAGUCGAGGAGUGGAAGAGGAAAUACAAAGACUCAAAGGCAGAAACCAUCGCUGCGCAGGCCUCACUAGAGAAAGAAAUUACCACACUACGCGAGGCGAACCGCACGUUGACUCUGAAGCUGAGAGACUCCGAGGUCGCCAACGAUGAUUUCGAACGUCAGGCGCGAAACACCACGUCGUCGCUUGAGGACAUGGAGUCCAAGUUCAACCAGGCCGUCGAACGAGGCGUCUUGAUGGAGGAGGAGAUUCGGAUGGGCGAGCAGGAGCGAGAGGCGCUGCGCAUCGAGUCGCAACGGUUGCGGGAGGAGCUGUCGGAGCUCAAGAUCGAGGCCGAGCUGAUGCAGGACAAGGUCAAGAAGUACGAAUCACGACACUCGACCAUCUCGUCCGACAUUUCGCUUCUCGGAUCCCCCACCUUUGACAAGAACGCGGAUGUCUCCGUCGACUCGGCCGCCAGCUCGCCCCUCAUCACCACACCCCCCGAGAUCACCAAGUCGCUGGGCGAACCGACGGCGGAGCUGCUGGAUCCGCCAUCGCCGCCAAUGUCGGAUGCCUCGGCGCAGAUGUCGAGAGGACCCGCACGGAUCCGGACCCCGAACCCUGCCCCGAUGCGCCGCACGAGGUUGCCGUCGGUGGACGCGGGCUCAAGAGCUCGUGGAACCACUUCUGCGACGGGUACGCGGGUGGUUACUGGUGGCCGUCCGUCCAUCAGCAGCAUCGGCAGCAUCAACGGUGCCAGCGGCGGCAACGGCGGCGGCGCACCUCUGCGGACACCGGGACACCGAUCAACUGUGUCGCGCAACAGCAACUACAAAAUCCCCGCGUCAAACUCGCUGUCGCACAUCCGCCUGCUCACAGCGCAGAUGCAGCGGCUCGAGGCCAGAGUGCACUCGGUACGCUCCAAGCUCCCGGCGCCGGGCAGCGGCGGCAGCACUCCGCCUCGCCCGGUUUCGCGACCCCCGGUGCUUGCUGCACCUCCCAGCGCGCCGACGUCGCUUGCCGUCCGGUCGCGCAAGCGAGCCACCACGCAGUCAACGGUGUCGACGACGUUUACUGGAGAUGACUUGACGCCCACUAGCAGCUAUGCUUCGUCAUCGAGAACCAGCCACACGCCUCGGCUAAGCACGUCGGGCGUUAGCAAGCUCUCGUUUGGCACGCAGUCCAACGGCCGGGGGACCGAAUCGGAGACCAGCCGACCUGUUUCGCGUGCCAGCCACACCUCUUACGGAAGGCCGCCAUCUCGCAACGAAUUGCCGCCUCCACCGCGGCCAAUGUCGCGAAGCUCCUUGUCGGCAGGGACUCGAACUCCCCUUGGCCGGCCAGCGACCUCUUUCGGUAACUCUGUACGCGGGCACUCUGGCAGUGUGAGCGGCGUCGACCUGCUUGGGGAGGACUACGAACCCGCGUACCGCACGCCUAGUAGGCGAGGCACCUUUUCCACCAGAUAUGACCUGGGAGCAGGCAUCAGUGGCAUCCCGACGCCGGGCAGUAGCAUUCCCAUGCCGGGCAGCGGGAUCCCGGCCCCCGGCUUGAGGCGCCAGAGCGUGAGCAGGAGAGUCAGCGUUAGCAACGGCAGCUCCAACAGCGGCGGCGUGCCUAUCCGAUCGGGGCGCGUCAGCACGACUGGGUUCCGAAAACUGGGCGAUUUGGGAGAGACUUAUUGA